AUACGAGAGCAGCUGUCGGGAGACGCAGGCGACACAGUUCGUCGCGGCGCGGAUACGCGAAUACGGCAAGCGGAACUCCUAACUGGUCGUGUGCCUACGCGCUCCAUAAAUUGAAUCGGAUAAGGCCCUGUGCGAUCAGAGCGCGAGUAGUGCGCGGGUCCGCGCGUUGUCGGUGAAGCCACUUCCUCGUGACGCCCGACCGCCGCCGCCGCCGACGACCGUAAUAGCGGUGAGUCGUCCACCGCAGUGCCGUCGCGCGCGAGUCGAGUCAGUGCGCUCGCGGCCGCCCGUCUUAACGCCGUUAAAAAGUUUCGGCGAGCUCUCCGAACGGAACACGAGAUCCCGGCCUCUCGGCGAAAAUCGCGCCGAAACCGGGACGGCAGCGGAGCGCGCCGGGCGAGGGCGUUACUUUCCUGAAGGCGCGCGUCACGUCACGGCGCUGCGUCGGCGAAUCGCUCCGUUAAUCGCGCGGCGAGAAAACGCAAAACCGUGAGAGCAAAAGAGAGAGAGAGAGAGAGACAACGGUGUUUUGCGAGAACACUUGUCAGCGAGAACCGAGAGACGAGCCUGUUCGGGAAAUCAUGCCACGGUGAGCCGCCGGCGGAGUCGCUUCGUGGCUACCACGCGGCCGAUAAGGCGGCCCUUUAAACGCCGCGUAGCUCUGAAUUUCUCCUAUUAUCAUUAUUAUUAUUAUCAUCCUUUUCUCUCUUUCCCUCGUUAUUUAUCGAUACGCGCGCGUCGUACUGACAUUACUUGCUGGCGACCAGUAGCGCACGCGUCACUACGUGCCACCGUUCGCUGGAGAGAUCCGAAAGAGAGAGAGAGAGAGAGAUUCGUACGACGCGGUGACGUUUACAGGGUGACACGAAGCGACGCGACCGUCGAGAUGCACGACAGCCGAUAAGCACGUCCCCUGCGAGGGAGACCACUGUCCUUGAGGUCAACAGCAAUUUUACUCGCUACGUCCCGUGCGAGCGGAAGCCUCCGCUCCUGCUGUCUCGUCGCUGACUCCGGUUCUGUAUAGAUGUCACACUACAGUAAAAACACCUGUGAUCAAAAGACUGCGGUGGUUGACCAUGAAAAGAAGUAUCAGGAGGACUUGGAGCAGGCCAAGGCUCUCAGUCUGGAAAGCUUGGCUCUGGAGAAGUACAGAUUGGAGAAGUUGCGAUUGGAGCUUAGUAAUGUGCAGCAGGCCUGCGUCGCGCAAAACAAUGUGUGCAAUACGAACAACGUGUCAGAGACGGACAGCAGCUCGCAAGGAGAAAGGUUUCAAUGUAGAAGUCGACCAAGACCAGGCUCGAUUAACACAAAUCAAAAGAGUACAGUAAUAUUAGCACCACCUCCAAUACCAAGUAGAAGAAAUUCGACCACUACUGCAUCAAAUCAAGAUUCUUCUACUGAUCUAAUAAAUUUCACAAGCCCAGUGAAGCAAGAUAAUCUCACUGAAUAUUGUUCAGCUCCACCUCCGCCACCACCAAAAGCAAUAGAACCUAAAUGGGAUACCCAUCCGUCCUUAUUGAAGAAACAAUCAAGAGUGUCUCGAAGCAAUAGCUCAGUCAGCGCCUAUCAGUCUAGGGACUUCAGGUAUCAUUCCCUUUCUCCAGGCCCACGAUCUUCCACAGCACCAUGUACGCCAGGAACACCGGGAAUUAGCCCCAUCAUGUCGAGAGCUAGUAGCGUUAGCAAUAAUGUAUCUGAUAUUGCGCCACAGCCUGCAUGGGAAUCCAUUAUCGUUAAACAUUUUUUUUUCUCGCAGAUUCCUCCAUUGCCCAUGAAUUAUAGACCAACUGUUACACCUGCCAUAUGUGCUCCAUUUUGUAUGGAGGAUGAACAAUUAAACGUAUUAAAAGUGAUAGAGAAAAAACCAAAUAGCAAUCUUAUAGAUCUAAAUAGUUUUGAACAAACAGAGGACAGAUCCAAUGUACGAGUUAGCGUAUUGGAGGCAUUCGAUCCGUUACUUAUUAAGACUGACAAUGGAAAUAAUUCUGUGCAGGAACAUAAAGCAGAUGAUUCACAAUCGCAAGUUAGUGGCAGUGUAUAUGAUCCGUUCGAUCCAUUCGAUUACAUGUACAGCACAAAUGAAAGCGUCAACUCAGAUCCGGUUUAUGCCGCUGUGGAGAAAUCUGCAAAAUCGCCAGCUGUAUCGCCAGCUGCGCCACCUCCACUACCGCCUCGAAAUUCGUCUGCAUGGAAUACCAUAGAAAGACGAAGAACUUCAUUAGAUCGUCGAAAGCGUCAAACACGAUUGUCUGAAAAUCUAAUGGUCAUUAAAGCUAGAUCAUCUUUGCAUGAUUGUGAUCUAAAGGCAUUUCACAACAUAAUAAAGUCUAUACGAAGCGAGUUUCCAUUUAAUAAUCCUAGUACAAAUAUUGGAUACGUUGUUAGCCCAAUGAUGGAGAAUCUGUAUCCAGAUGGUACGAGUAUAAAAUUAGUAGUUCAUCCACAAUUACCCAAUAACGAUAAAGAUCCUGCACCAUCUAUUACUUUCACUUGUAAUGUGAAUUGUAGUGUCGAGCAUGUUAUUUUGAACGUCGCUUGUUCCUUGGAGGAUGAGGAUACAGUAAAUGUAGAAAAGUACUGUUUGAGAGUUUGGGGAUUAGCUGAAUAUCUUGCACCUAACACAACUUUAGCACAAUACGAAUACAUACAUUUAUGUAUUAAAUUAGAAAAAGAUAUUGAGUUAGCUAUAAUGACCAGAACACAAAUUAAACAAUCCAUUGCUAGAACGCUGCAAGAUGAUAAUUGUGAUCAAUCUCUAAAAUUAGAAGACAUUCUACCAAAUGAACCAUCGCAGCCUAUUUCAUAUGAUACAUUAAUUAUUUUACUAGAGACAGUAGAAAAAGAAAUGGAACGCGUGGAGACUGCAGCAUUACAACUGGCAACCACGAAUCAAGGUUCUACUUUAUUACCUCAACUUCAACCGCACGGCGUAGUGCAGGCAGUGAAAGCAGUGUGUGCCUUAAUGGGAAAUAUUGAAACAUUCGAGAUUACGGAGGCUGUUGACAAUUUUGUGAAUGCUUGCUGCCAAUUUCUGCCGCAAGUUCAUACAGCUAAUAUAGAGUGUAAAAAACCUGAAAUUAUACAUGAAGAUGGCGAUUACGCUGUAGUUACUUUGAGGAAAAAGUUUCCCGAUGUGAUUUCCUCUCAUUGUCAUAAAAUUCGCGAUGCUAUUCAGGAACUUGUUGAGACAUACUGUCAUGCGUUUAAAGUCGAUUUUCAAUUAAAUAGCAAAGCAGAUUUUCCGACAAAUACACUAAUUGCAACCGAAGUGAUUGAUACUAUUUUGGUGCGCGUUGGAGCUCUACACAGGCUACCAACCACAUGGAAACAUGAUGAUUACAUAGUGGCAGCUCAAAUCUUUCAUGGAACUAGACCAGUCGGAACUCCAGUUUUAUCUGAACCAAUGACGGUCAGCACGAAUCUUUACCCAAGGAUUUUAUUUAACUCAUGGUUGGAAUUUCGCGGAAUAAGUGUGUGUCAAGUACCACGAGAAGCUAGACUUGUGUUAGUUCUUUAUGGACGCACGCUACAACCUGCAGAACAUGAAUCCAAUUCGUCUGCGGAGAAUGCAAUGGAGAAAGAAGAACUUGGAUGGGGUGCUAUACAGUUCUUCGAUUAUGAUGGCGUUAUGAGCCAAGGGAGUUUUUUUCUAUCUCUCUGGCCAGCCAUUGCAGAUAAACGAUUAGGUCCGGCGCCAGCGCCUGGAAUUCAUCCUCGUGGUGACACCCACCCUAUUAUAGGAGUAGAAUUACCCGAUUAUGGGGGGAAGGUGUUAGUCCCCAAUUCCUCGGAAUUGCGAGAUUAUGACGUGGACUCAUUAGAUUUCAAUUCCUUAGAUCAAAAUACCCAGGAAUUAUUAAUAGAUAUUACACAGCAAGAUACAUUCUCGAGACCGCCUAUUGAUGAAAGGGAAAUUCUUUGGGAGAAAAGACAUUAUUUGCAUGACAGACCUGAAGCUUUACCAAAAGUAUUACUAGCUGCACACAGUUGGGAUUGGGCAUGCCUACCGGAUUUACACGCGUCACUCAGAAUUUGGAGUCCACUGCCACCAGUACAAGCGUUACAAUUACUUUUACCAUGCUUCCCAGACAUGAAAGUUAGAGAGAUGGCGGUUAAUUGGAUUCGCGAAUUAAGUAAUGACGAAUUGGUUGAUUAUUUGCCACAACUACUUCAAGCAAUGAAACACGAGACGUAUGAAGCGUCACCAUUGACUCGAUUCUUAUUAGAACGUGCCUUACUAUCACCGAGAGUGGCUCAUUAUAUUUACUGGUUGCUAAAUCAAGCGCUGCCGGGACAAAGUCCCCAGGUACAGAAUUCUGCUGAAAUUGCCGUGGAAGAUGAUAAGGCUAUUAGUUGUGCUCGUUAUCAACGAAAAUUGCAGCUAAUGUUGAGAGCGCUGUUAGCAGUUAUUGGAGACUCAUUGAGAAAAAGUUUUCUUACCCAACAAUUGCUAGUUAAAAACCUGCACGAAGUAGCUGAGAAUAUCAAAGUUACAAAGGAAUCGUUACGAAUAGAUACACUUAAAACCGGUUUGCAAAAUAUACACUGCCAAUUAAUGGAAGACAAUGGAACAUGUUUACCACUGUCUCCUAGUAAACUAGUAUUUGGUAUCAAUGUACAGACAUGUGCCUAUUUCCCGUCGUUUACCCUCCCGUUAAAAAUUAACUUCAUCAGCUGUGACAAUGUUAUAAGCCCGGCAAUCUUCAAGGUUGGCGAUGAUUUGCAACAGGAUAUGUUGACUCUCCAAAUGGUACGCAUUAUGGACAAAUUGUGGUUGAAGGAAGGUCUCGAUCUGAAAAUGGUUACUUUUGCUUGUGUGCCCACCGGCCACAAACGCGGAAUGAUAGAAAUGGUAACAGAUGCAGAAACAUUACGGAAAAUCCAAGUCGAGUUCGGGCUAACUGGGUCGUUUAAGGAUCGACCGAUCGCGGAAUGGUUGGCGAAGCAUAAUCCUUCGGAACUGGAAUAUGAGAGAGCGGUGGAAAAUUUCACCGCUUCUUGUGCUGGCUAUAGCGUUGCCACUUAUAUUUUAGGAAUCUGUGAUAGGCAUAAUGAUAAUAUCAUGUUAAAAACGUCUGGUCACUUGUUUCAUAUUGAUUUUGGAAAGUUUCUUGGUGAUGCGCAAAUGUUUGGAAACUUUAAGAGAGAUAGAACGCCGUUUGUGUUGACGUCUGAUAUGGCAUAUGUUAUAAAUGGUGGAGAUAAACCUUCAGCGAAAUUUCACCAUUUUGUAGACUUGUGUUGCCAGGCUUUUAAUAUAGUGCGGAAACAUGGAAAUCUUAUUCUUCAUCUUUUUGGAUUGAUGACUUCGUCUGGUAUCCCUGGAGUAACCGUGGAUGCAGUUAGUUACGUGCAGAAAGCUCUACUCCCCGGACAAACAAAUCCCGAAGCGGCGGCGACUUUUGCUCGCAUGAUAGAAAGUUCGCUGAAAAGUUGGUUUACACAGUUUAAUUUUUUUCUGCAUAAUCUGGCACAAAUGAGAUUCUCCGGGGAUCAUAGUGAGGGGGAACUAUUAUCCUUCAUUCCGCGCACGUACACAAUGCAACAGGAAGGUGAAUUAACGAGCGUCCAAGUUCAUGGAUAUCAAAAACGCUACGAUCCGGAGAAAUAUUACAUGUAUAUUUUACGAAUACAACGAAAGGGCCAACCGGACCCGACAUAUCUAUUCCGAUCAUACAAAGAGUUCUGCGAAUUUUAUCAGAAGUUGUGCAUACAUUUUCCACUUGCUAAAGUAACCAGCUUACCAAGUGGAAUGAGCGUGGGACGGUCUAAUAUCAAACAGGUAGCUGAUAAACGACGAGCGGAUAUAGAAAAGUUUCUUGUUAGUCUGUUUAAAAUGGCACCAGAAAUAUCUCAAAGUGAUCUGGUGUACACUUUCUUCCACCCGCUACUACGAGAUCAAAAAAAUCCUGACAUUCGUUUACGUAAAGUCAAAGUUGGAAAUAAUUGGUGGGCCGAAAAGAGAGUCAGAGACAAUCUACAGAGUGGUCAGAUCAAGUUGGCUCUUCACUACGUUCGCGGCACUUUAUCUGUUAUGGUUUGUCAUGCCCGAGGACUUCCGAAAGUAGCAAAUGCUCAAGAGCCAAAUACAUAUGUGAAAGUAUACCUCAAACCUGAUCCUACAAAAGCGACGAAACGGAAAACAAAAGUAGUAAAGAAAAAUUGUCACCCAUCAUUUAUGGAGAUGUUGGAAUAUAGAAUGCCUCUAGAAGUAAUUAGAGAGAGAACGCUUGAAGCAACGAUAUGGAAUCACGAUACUUUACAGGAGAAUGAAUUUCUCGGUGGCAUAAGUUUGCCGCUUGGACGUCUCGACUUGACGAACGAAACUAUUGAAUGGUUUCCAUUAGGUAAUGUACGAUAAAGCGAGUAUAAAGACUGCCCUGGAGUAUAUAUUUAUGGUAUAUAGAAGUCCCUUAAUGCUCACAUAGAUAUUCUUGGUAAAAUACAGAUGACAUAAGGUUAGCGCACAUUAUUAAAACUUCUUUAUUAUGCACAUUCAAGUGCAAUAAUCACCGUACUUUAUAAAAAUGAUAUGAUGAUGACCGUACUUUAUAAAAGUAACUUUUAUUUAUAUAAUUUCGCGUAUCUCUUUACAAGGCUUCGUAUCUCUUUUACGAAGAAAAGAUCCGAAAUGAUAUAUAUGAAAAACUAUGUGAUAUUCGAAAGAAGGUAAUUGCAGAAGAAUGAUCAACUUCUACAAUAAUAUUAAGGCUGUUUUCCGAAAUUCACUGUAAGUACUGAAAAUCUAUAGUUUACGUUACAUAUACUAUAGCUUUUCAGUACUGGCAGUAAAUUUCGGAAUGCCGGCCUAAAAUAGAUAGUACAUACAUAAUGGUAAUAGUUCAAAGUCUAAAGCACAUCUUCAUCAAUCUUGCAAUAACAAAUAGUUCAUGAAAAGAAGAAAAUGUUACAAAAGUUUAGAAUUAUAUCUCGCACUUGUGCAUAUUCUUUAACUGUAUUUUUUACAUAAAAUAUGACAAAUUCAGCAUGAAUUUAAUAGAUUUAUAUUGGAGGUUUACUCUUUUAUACAAAAUUUUAUACAUUUAUUUAUUUAUAUCACUUUUUACUCAAACUAAUGAGCACUAAUUGUAAAUAGAAUGUACUUUAAUAUAAAUAUUAUAAUGAAAUCAUUUGUAAUAAAUUGUUGGAUUAAGCUUUUACACCAAAAUAAUUCUAUGGUCCGAGCGAAAAAGUUUGCAGUUUUCUAUUACAGACAUAUAUCUAAUCAUAUGGAAAUAGAUAUAAAAAUGGUAUGAAAGUUGAAUUUGAUAUACAACAUGUAGCAGAAUUAUGUUUCACGGACUUUUACGGUGUUAUUUUAUUAUUAGGAAAGAAAUCUACAUAAUUGCCUGUUUAGUAAUGGCCUCAUUUAUAAUAAACAAAUGUACUAUUAAUGAAAUUAUGUAAAUAUGCUAUUAAAUCUGUGUAAUAAAUAAUUUUUAAAUUAUCCUA